CCGCCUCCUGCGCCUCCUCGUAUCGCGGCGGUGGCGGGCAGGCUCCGGCCGCGGCCCCGCAGCUUCUCGCCGAGGCGGCGCGGCCUCUGCUCCCUCCCUCCUUGCCUCGGUCGCUGCCCGGCCCCGGCGCGAUGUCGGGCGGCGCGGCGAGCGCCCCAAAGCCCCUCCCGUCCUCCGGGCCCAAGUCGCUGCGGGAGAUGCCUCAUCCCCUGGCCACGUCCAGCAGCGAGGAGAUGGGGCCGGCGCUCACCCCCAGCCCCGACCUGCUCCUGCCCCGCAGCAUCGCCGACAAGGAUCUCAGUCUGCCCAAUGGCACACCCGUGGACACUUCUAGCCCAGCCUCCUCCUCAUCUCUCCUCAACAGACUGCAGCUGGAUGAUGACUUGGAUGUGGAAACUAGAGACCUCUUUGUUACUGUGGAUGAUCCCAAAAAACACGUGUGCACAAUGGAGACAUAUAUCACAUACAGGGUUACAACAAAGACCACACGAGCAGAGUUUGAUUUGCCAGAGUAUUCUGUCCGUCGGCGGUACCAAGACUUCGACUGGUUGAGAAACAAGCUGGAAGAGUCUCAGCCAACGCAUCUUAUUCCCCCUCUUCCUGAAAAAUUUGUGGUGAAGGGUGUUGUUGAUCGCUUUUCCGAAGAGUUUGUGGAGACAAGGAGGAAAGCAUUAGACAAGUUCUUGAAGAGAAUUACUGAUCACCCAGUGCUGUCUUUUAAUGAGCACUUCAAUGUCUUUCUCACAGCUAAGGAUCUCAAUGCCUACAAAAAGCAGGGAAUGGCUUUGCUGUCAAAGAUGGGGGAAUCUGUCAAAUACGUUACAGGAGGCUACAAAUUAAGAAGUCGGCCACUGGAGUUUGCAGCUAUUGGGGAUUAUCUAGACACAUUCUCUUUAAAGCUUGGUACCAUCGACAGAAUAGCACAACGAAUCAUCAAGGAACAGUUGGAAUACUUGGUGGAACUACGAGAAUAUGGACCUGUUUAUUCGACCUGGGGAGGGCUGGAGGUGGAGCUAUCAGAGCCACUGGAAGGAGUGUCUGCCUGUAUUGGGAAUUGCUGCACAGCUCUUGAAGAACUCAGUGAGGACAUGACAGAAGACUUCUUGCCUGUACUUAGGGAAUAUAUAUUGUAUGCUGAGUCAAUGAAGAAUGUGUUGAAGAAGAGAGACCAAGUUCAAGCGGAGUAUGAAGCAAAACUGGAAGCAGUAGCCUUGAAAAGAGAAGACCGUCCAAAGGUACCCACAGAUGUUGAGAAAUGUCAAGACCGAGUAGAAUGUUUCAAUGCUGACCUGAAAGCAGAUAUGGAGAGAUGGCAGAACAACAAAAGACAAGAUUUUAGGCAGCUACUCAUGGGGAUGGCAGAUAAAAACAUCCAAUACUACGAGAAGUGCCUUACGGCGUGGGAGUCAAUUAUACCACUAUUGCAAGACAAGCCAGAGACCAAAUAAGAACUACCUUCGUGGACAGUCUAGCACUUCUAUGCUCACUACCACUAGUCAUACUGGAACUAUAUGGAGACUCUUUUUGUUAAGUUGACUGAAAUGACAGCUGCACUUAGUUUUUCAGAGUAUCUGUUCCAGCCUAUUUGAAUUUUUUUUUCUCAUUUUUUGUGUUUAAAAUGGGUUAUGUUUCAUCUUUUUGAGUUACCUUGAAUGGUUCCUUCUUUAUCCUAUGGAGUGAUUGGGGUUCAUAGUGACAGUGCAUGGGGAUCUUGAUAAAAUUUACCUCUCUAGUCUGGAAGGAACUGAUGAGUGGAACACUAAAAAGAUGAAAAUAAAACUCUACUGCAAGGUGCCAAAUGACAUCUUUAUUACCAUUCUGUUUUGUUUGCCUCAAACCCCCAAUAAUUAUUUCUGUGAUACAGUACUCCAGUACUCCCUAACCAAUCCUUUUUUUUUUUUUUUUAAUGGACAAGGGAAGGCUGGGAAAGAAUAUUUUGUGGUUUGCUAACACCCGUGUGCUCCCUCUGGAAGAAAUGGUCUCUGUAGACUUUUCUGUCCGGGAGUUGGGCUGUUUCUAGGCAGACCAUACCGACACCAGCUGCAGAUAGCUGGUGAUGCAAGCAUGAACUGUGGUUUUUGUGAGUGUGGCAUGCUGUUGGUUCAUACUGAGUAUCUUUGUUUACCUUGGUGAUUAUGAAGUAAUGUCAGUUGACUGAAGUGUUCUUGUGACUGACUUGGGGAUCAAAACCAGCCUAGCUGUGGGAAUGAGUUGGACUGCAGCUUUUUGAAGGUUGUGGGAGUGGGGGAGGAAGCAUGAGUUUUUAAUUUUUCCAGUUAGCUCUGGAAGGUGUGUGGUGGAGAUCUCUUACACCAUACUUUAUAUAUGGGUUUUACUAGAGCCACUUCAGGCACCUAAAGAUGCUUGCUGUAGUAAAAGUAGAACUCUGCUUUCUCUCCCCAUGCUUUCUUUGGAGAAGCCAAAGGGUGUCAAAUGAUUCCUUCCACCAAGCAGAGCAAGAGUGUGUGAAACUUGCCUUAAAUGGGUUGGUGGGGGAUAGAUGGGUACCCUAUUAGGUACACAUAGACUUCAUACCUGUCUCUGCUGAACCACAUGGCAAGUCUUUUAGGACUACUUUUGUUACAGAUCUAUUUUCUGAGUAGUUUUGGUUGGCCUUUAGAAUUGCAGCUGCUUCUGCAAGUCUCUUUUUUGUCCUUGCUCUUGCAGUCCAAUCUGAAGUAAAUGCCUACUUGGUAUUAAUGGCCUCAGGAAUGCUGAUGUGUUUAACCGUCCCUAGUGAGGGGGAAAUUUGAGCUCAUGAGUGUAAUACUGGGAUUUAGGGCAAUAAAUAACUCUGCUUACUGCUAAAUUUGAGUGAUUACUUGUUCUCUGGCAACAUUCUUGCAAAGAAUGUGAGCAGUGAUUGAUUCAGUUCAACUUCUCUGUUCUCCUGUAACAACCUACCAGGCACUAGUCUGAUUUGGAAUUUAUUCCUCCAUAAUCACCAACUGAACAUGCAGCCAGCCUUCUCAGACUGGUGGCUUUAUGGAACUCUAAAGAUGAGUUAUUGCAGCACUGUGGUAGCUGUCAGCCUAAUGAGAGGGUGCUCUCUGCAUGAAAAAGUAUAAUACAUUUUAAGAAAUUUUUCUUUUUGGCUCAGCCUUCAUUGACAGCUCUGUGGUACUAAAUGAACUGUGUUUCUUGUUUUAAGGUCAGUUUGUCAAUACGCACCUUUUGGUGUAAGUGAGAACUCUGGUUUAAGUUACUGCCAGGUUCAGAAUCACAAACUCCUCUUGUUCAGGGGAAGUACUUAAGGGGAUCAUCUUGGAGCAAUCUAGAAUAAGCACUUGCAUACCAUCUAACAGUCUGUCCUUCUGUCUUCCCCGUUUUCCACAAAGAAAGAUCAACAUGCUUUUUGAUUUAGUUCACGUAGAGUAAAUGGAAUUUUUUAAUUGACUCUACAACAUCACUGGGACUGAAGCAAAAUAUGUUUUGAACUAAUAUUUAGUCAGUCUUCCCACCAUCUUAUUAAAAUAAACAGCACAAGAUGAGUAGAAAGAAUGGUGUUAUUUUCCUACAGGUGGUUUCAUCUGAUGCAUUACAACACUAAGGGACUCUUCCUGCUUUGCUUUAUGUCAGACUGAAGUGGGUGUUGCUUCUGGGGUAUUCAGCAGUUAACAUCACAGCUGUUCAUGAGAAGCAUGAUGGACAGUGGAGAGUACCAAGUGAAGUUCAAAUCAACAUGUAACUAUUGAGGCUGGAGCUGCUGAAGAUCAGGAUAACAUACGUGAUCUGGACCAAAACAUCUUAAGCUCUUACAAGGGAAGUAAAAUGUGAUAUUCAAAGGAGAAGUCUUCUGCAAGAAUUGCUGCAGUGUGCAUAGGUGGGUUUCAGUUCCUGCAGGCUGUGGAGUGGUCUGUUCUUAUGUUGUAAAUCACAAGGUGGUUGAGGGAGAGGCUGCGGGUGAGGUGUGGGGAGGAUCCUGACUGUGAUGUUUGGGGCAGCCAUGCCAGUCAGGAAAACUACAAAAGUUGCAGGAAAUUCCUGUAAGAUGUGCAGAGUGACACUUGUAUCACAUAACUGGUGUUAGAGGGAGAUUGAGUCCUGAACUGAGAGUGAAACUCUUAACAUGUUAUCCUGUAAUCCAUAUAGAAGUCUUUACUUUGGAUGGUCCACACUUCCCUGAGAGAAAUAGAAGAUACUGGUAAAUUGUAACCAGGAGAGGUGCAGGAGCAUCAUCUUUGAAUAACUUGUUGCGUGUUAUGUCACUUAAGAUGACUCUGUGCAUAUGCACCAAAAUGACACCAAAAGUAGUCAGCAACCUUUUUUAUAAGUCUGUUUAACAUGUGGUUCUUUCAGCAGUCCUUAAAUUAGCCCAGUUUUCCUCAUAAUGCAUAGCCAGGGCAAGGCCCUCUCCGCAGAUGCAUAAUUCACUGCUGCACAGUUACUUCCGUGUAGUUUCUGUGGUGUUUGUUUCUUCUCUUAAGUGGCACCAGCACAAGAUCUUGUUUCUGUGUUCAGUAAAGGACCAUGCAUUGUUCAUGUAUACCUUAUCAGGUUCUAAAUCUUGCAAUAAACGUAGAUAUUAAAACAUCAUGGCUUUUUCAGGUAUACAUUGAAAAAUGAAAAGGUAAGCCCUGAAGACACAAACAGUUUUGGUGUGAGUUGUAUUAAAGAAUAAAGUAUGACUCUUCACUGAAAUCUGCUUGGAUUUUUGCUGCACUAGAACUUGUGCAAAGGAUAAAAUAGUGGAAUAACUGAUAGAAACAAAGUAAGAGUGGCAGAAAACAAAGCAGUUCUCUGGAGGUACUGUGCGGUAGCCUUGAAGCAGUGGCUCUGCAUAGCCUGUUCAUGACACAUACUGCUUCAGGUGUCAGUCCUGCAGAUUCAGGGGUACCAAGGAAUUCUUUCCCAGAUCAGCAGGGACUAUUCAUUAUUUUAACAGGAGCCAUGCUUUUGUUAAAACAGGCACAAUUUAACUGGAUAUUCUUAUGAUUAUUGUUGCUGAUUGUUGAAAAUCCUUGUCCUGAUCACCACUGAACAAAAUUGUAUAGACUAAAUUAGCUCAUUAGAUGUUCUGCCGUCCUAAAUUCUGAAGGUAGAACAUUUUUUCCUUGGCUGUAUUAACCAAAUGUGGUUAAUAUGAGGACUUUUUUUUUUUUUAAGACGGGCAAGUUGCUAUUUCUUGUUGUAUUUUUUUAUUUUUUCCUCUUUUGAAGUAAAACUGGGGAUCACAGGAAUAAACUUGCCUUCUGGCAGACUGAAUGUGGCAUUUAAAACUUUCUGAGAGUGCUGUUGAAGCAAUUUACAAACUAAAAUGGCAGUGCUUAAUUCUGUGCUUAGCCCUUGAAAGUCUUGCUGAAGUAUCUGACCUGUAGAAACACUUAGUAAUUAACUGGACAGGUUUUAAGGUUGCAUGCCUAAAGCACAGUAAAUUUGCUGAAAAUAAUGAACUUACCAAAGAGGUAUAAGUAGAUCACCCUUAUGUAAAUGGCAUGCUAAAACAAUAAAGACUAGUCACUGUCGUAGACUACUUUGAAGGUCUUGAUAUUCUGUGCUUUGAAGUUAAACUAUUUCCUUAACCCUGGUGCUGGGAUAUGUAUCCGUACCUUCAAAUUAAGCUGUAGCAUUGUGGCCAGUGCAACAUUCCCACUGCACAAGGAGACAGAUUGCUGAGGGCCAGUCUUACAAUAAGAGCCAAAGGGCUUUUGUCUACAGUACACAAAAACAAAGAAGCACCAUCCUUGUUCUCGCUUUUCUGUGCCUGCAUCCCACUUUCCCUCCAUAAGGUCUGGAGAGUUUGGCCAUGCAGAUGAAGGCAAGCUGUCUGUGAGCUUCACACACUGUGUUGAAGGUGUCAGUGAUGGGGACCAAAAUGGUGCCGGUUCCUUGUCCAGACUCUUCUGCUUUCAUUCUAUAAACCCACUCACCAGAACUAGAGUCACUCUUCAUACCAUUAAAAUAUAAAAUGAAAGCUGUGAAAAGACACCUCUGUGUGAAUUAGCUAGUAAACGAUGUAAAAAUGGGAAGGAGGCUUUUGCUUCCUGUACUUAGUCAAAUCUGGCAUCUAUGCUCUUGUUCUGACUCGCAGGCUAGGAAAUGUUGUCUUGCCUUCUGGUGCUGGCAUGUUUCUAUACCCUUUCAUAUAUCUCUUUAAAUAUACUUUGUGCAUUGUUUACUAUGGAGCUAGUAUUGAUGGAGAAAAAUGCUUUGAGGUAAAACUGUUUGUAAUUCUCUAUUAGUGUGUAAAUUUUUCUUAAAUGCACCAUUUGUUUACCUCAAUUAAUUUAAUGGAAUGGACCAAUAAAUGUAUAAAAGAUUACUCCUUUACUUAGAAUAAAGUUUCAUUUUU